GACGCAAACGACACGGCUCCGAGCGAGCGAGCGAGCGAGCGAGCGAACCACCCCACGAGGGGUAAACUAAGUUGAUUUCAGCCGCUGCAGCCCGGGCCAACCCAGCCUCAAAAGUCAGCGAAGGGAUGAUUUGCUAGAGACGAUCUAGUCCAUCUGCACCCGACACGUUCCGGAUCUGCUCACGCGAAACGUGAACAAAAGGCCAUCGCCAGUGUCGUGGAACUAUUCGUCGUCAAACUAAAAAGCUGCCAACAAGAUGCCAGUGGGCGGCCGUGUUGCCGGCAAGGUCGGAGUUUACUCCAGUGGCAGUUCUGGCCGCAGCUAUACGGGCAUCAACGAGGAGAUCAUGUGGGUGAGCAUCGGCAUGGUGAUCACCAUCGGUAUACUCAUCAUCCUCGCCCUGUGCUACAUCGCCAGGGAAAAGUGCAAGAAGAAACGAGAAUUCUUCGUCACGGCAUGAUCCGCCAAAAUUGCGGCCGUUUGAUGUGCAGGACGGCACUGACUGCAAUUUUUGUGAAUUUUCAAAGUGAGCUCGCAAAAUUGAACGUCCCUGUCAGUGAUAAAUGUAGUGGCUGCAAAAAAGACACUUAUUCUACUAUGGGAAACUUAUUUACACAGAUGAAUGGAAAAUAAACGCUUCGAUAUAAUUUUUUUUUUAAAUGUUUACUGCUUCCUUGGCCAAAUAUUAUCUUAAUUAAUGAGCAUGUUACAUUUUUACUCAAUUCUACCUAAGAUGGAGUAAAAGAUUGUAAACUGAAUUAUAUGCAUUUAUAUUUUAAAAACUGAUUAUAAUAUUAAUUAAAGCAGACCUUUAUACUUUUGGAGAGAUAUAAUUUUUUAUGAUGGAUAUUAUAUUUAUUUAAUAUUUAUAUCAGGAAAAAAUUAUAUGUAUUUUAAAUAUGGUAUAUUCUAUUACAUAGUUUGCAAAUUGCAAAUCAAAAUGUUAUUUAAUUAUAAUGAUAUUCACAGAGAUUUGAAUGGAUGGAUAUUUUAUUAACUGUAAAUUGAGAAUCUGUCUUCAAAUUUUGACUCGUAUCAACUUCGUUUCACUUUGAAAUUGUCAUUGGUGUGAAUAUGAAACGUGUCAUAAACAAGCAAGCUAAUUAAAAAGCAGGGUUUCACUGUUGCGUUAGUUUGUAGAGAAUGUGUUGAAUGCAUCACUAAUUAAUAAGCUGCGAACCACAGCUCCUUUUGUGCUGCAUUAAUGGAGCACAUAAUAUACUGCAUACAGUGUAAACAAGACCAAUUAAAUAUCAGGAGAAUAUGUUAAAUCACAGGCAGCAACAGUACGCACCAAUAAAUGGCAAGCUGGAGAACGAAGCGGAAGUUUUCUUUGAAUGUAUGAAUAUCUCCCGAAUUACAGAUUUGUAGACUGAAAUAGAACACGCGCGGAACUGGAGCUCUGGUGAGAGAUAAAACAAAGGAAUUUCAAGUGAGUGUUUGUUCACCGCCUGCAUGGAGCCUUUUCAACCAGAGCCAAUGUGCAAAUGAGACCAAAUUUGCAGAAGCUCUUUGUUAUUCAGCAAUGGAUACACAGCUUCACCCUCCCUUUGCUCUCUGUGAUGAAAAGCCGCACUCAUUGUCAGUCAGAAUAACUAAUUAGAAAUCAUUCCUGCGUCAAAUUUUAUCAUUUUUUCCACGUGAAAGUUUUGUAAUUUAUUGAAAGUAAAAGAAAACAUUUUGAACACAACCAAGGAAAAAACCGGAAGAAACAAAAAACUUGUAAUUGUGUUUCCAACAGCUAAGCUGAAUUAAUGAGCCCUGUCAGUCAGCGUCCUUUGUAUUAUUUUUCACCGCGUGACCCAGAUAAAAGUUCUCGUAUAUUGGAUUUUCGCUGAA